CAGUCACACCGCUGCACUGGCCUGAGCAGUAUGGAGCGAGCCCCCUGGACACACAUAGGACUUACCCUCCUCCAGCUCCUGCUCAUCUCCUGCUUGCCGAGAGAGUACACAGUGAUCAAUGAGAACUGCCCUGGGGCAGAGUGGAACAUCAUGUGCCGGGAAUGCUGUGAAUACGACCAAAUCGAGUGUGUCUGCCCAGGACGGAAAGAAAAAGUGGGCUACACCAUUCCCUGCUGCAGGAAUGAGGAGAAUGAAUGUGAUUCCUGCUUAAUACACCCAGGCUGCACCAUUUUUGAGAACUGCAAGUCAUGCCGUAAUGGCUCCUGGGGAGGAACACUCGAUGACUUCUACAUCAAAGGGAUCUACUGCGCAGAGUGCAGAGCCGGCUGGUAUGGAGGGGACUGCAUGAGGUGUGGACAGGUUUAUCGGGCUCCUAGAGGUCAGAUUUUGCUGGAGAGUUACCCACUGAAUGCACGAUGCGAAUGGACUAUCCAUGUUCAAUCCGGAUUUAACAUUGAAUUGAGGUUUUCCAUGCUGAGCCUGGAGUUUGAUUACAUGUGCCAGUAUGAUUAUGUGGAGGUACGUGAUGGGGACAAUUUGGACAGCCGAGUAAUUAAGAAAUUCUGUGGAAAUGAAAGGCCAGCUCCUAUUCGAAGCACCGGGUCUUCACUCCAUGUCCUUUUCCAGUCUGAUGGAUCCAAGAACUUUGAUGGAUUUCACGCUGUCUUUGAAGAAAUUACAGCGUGUUCUUCUUCUCCUUGUCUUCACGAUGGAACAUGCAUUCUUGACAAAAGUGGUACUUACAAGUGUGCCUGUCUCGCUGGCUAUACUGGGAGUCGCUGUGAAAACUUGGAUUUUUUUGAAAUAUCUGAACUGUCAGUGGUGAUGUGUAGGACUCCAGGUGCUCCCGCUCAUGGUAUUGUGGAAGGAGAUGACUUUAAAUACGGGGCCCAGGUUUACUUCAAGUGCAACGCAGGUUACAGCUUAAAAGGCAGCCGUGUUGCCUACUGUCAGCUUGAUGGGAUUUGGUCAACACAUCAUCCUGAAUGUGUUCUAGAUGAAAAAAGCUGCUCAGAUCCCGGUGGCCCACUCAAUGGCUACAGAAGGGUAGUGGAAGACACUGGAGUCUUGAAUGGACGCUACGCAAAAAUUGGCACAGUCAUUGCUUUCUUUUGUAACAACUCCUAUGUUCUUAGUGGGAAUGAACAGAGGACCUGCCAAGACAAUGGAGAGUGGUCAGGGAAACAGCCAAUCUGUAUUAAAGCCUGCAGAGAACCAAAGAUCUCUGACCUGGUGAGACAGAAAGUGCUGCCAAUGCAGGUUCAGUCAAGGGAAACACCUUUGCAUCAGCUCUACUCAUCUGCAUUCAGCAAACAAAAGCUUGAAAUCUACCCAACUAAGAAGCCAGCACUGCCGUUUGGAGACCUGCCCCCAGGGUACCAGCAUCUGCACACUCAGCUUCAGUAUGAAUGCAUUUCUCCUUUCUACCGCCGCUUGGGUAGCAGCAGGAGGACUUGUCUGAAGACAGGAAAAUGGAGUGGAAGGGCCCCUGUGUGUAUUCCAAUCUGCGGAAAAGCAGAAAACAUCACUCUUCAGAAGGCUGUGACCUCUACCAGGUGGCCAUGGCAAGCAGCAAUCUAUCGGACGGCCAACGGGGUGAAGGAGAACAGUCUCAAAAAAGGAGCCUGGAUCCUCAUCUGCAGCGGGGCCCUGGUGAAUGAGCGCACCGUAGUGGUGGCAGCUCACUGCGUCACUGACCUGGGCAAGACCAUCGUGCUCAAGACAGCAGAGCUCAAAGUGGUUCUGGGGAAAUUCUACAGAGAUGAUGACAGGGAUGAAAAGACCAUCCAGAACCUGCGGAUUUCUGCCAUAAUAGUGCAUCCUAAUUAUGACCCCAUACUGCUUGAUUCUGACAUAGCUAUCAUAAAGCUUUUGGACAAAGCCAGAAUCAGCAGUCGUGUUCAACCCAUUUGCUUGGCAUCUUCUCAUGACUUGACUUCAUCCACAGAGGAUUUAAAAAUAAUGGUUACUGGCUGGAAGGUAUUGGCUGAUGUUAAAGAUCCUGGAUACAAGAAUGACACAAUCCGCAUGGGAGCUGUUCAGAUGGUGGACUCACUGUUGUGUGAGCAACAGUAUGAGGAUAAUGGGAUACAGGUCAGCAUCACUGACAGCAUGUUUUGUGCCAAACAGGACCACACAGCCUUCUCGAAUAUCUGCCCUGCUGAGACUGGUGGGAUAGCAGCCAUAACUUUACCAGGAAAAGCAUCUCCUGAGCCACGGUGGCACCUGAUGGGAUUAGUGAGCUGGGGUUAUGAUAAAACUUGCAGCCUAGAACUCUACAGUGGUUACACCAAAGCAAUUCCUUUCAAAGACUGGAUUGAAAAGAACCUGAAAUAAAAAGCUGUGUCUGGAAAUGGCAUUUUAUAAUUAUCAUAUUUCUCACAGUCUCUGCUGCUUUAGGCUUUUUAUCCCAGUGAUGAGCCAUGCCUGGGAUAAGGUUAAGGCAGACACCCUGGUAAUUCAUCCUAGGAUCAGACGCUCCAUCAGGCUACUCUCAAUUCCUGACUAAAUGUCAUAGUGCACAGGAAGUUUUGCUAUUUUUCACCUGUCUCCCCUGGUGGGAGGGUGAUGCCCUGCUCCUGAGUCUGACGUACAGAUACAGGACAGCAAAUUGUGACUGAAAUUAAUCUGUAGUGUGGAGUCCCCAAGAGAAGUCACUGGCAAGCCUCUCCCAAAGGUCAGUCUGACUGACAGGAGUGGGAGGCUGCAAAGAGUAGCCUGAAUUCAUUAUGAUGGAUGAGCUUGUUAAGGUAUGUGCUAUCUCUAUUGCCAUAGUACAAUGUAAUCUUUUUCCCUCCAAAGUACUUUACACGUUUAAAUAAACCAUGGUUUGUUUUUUUAACUCACA